AUGGCGUGGCUGCGGCUGCAAGCUGUCGCCGCCGUCUUGGCCCUGGUCGUAGGCGCCGGCGUGUCACACGGCUUCGAGUUCCAGGAGGCCACCGUGGAGGCCAUCCACCUCGGCUUCACCAACGGCAGCCUCACCUCAGCGGCGCUCGUCCAGUUCUACCUGGACCAGAUCAGUCGCCUCAAUCCGCUGCUGCGUGCCGUCAUCGAGGUCAACCCGGACGCGCUCCUGCAGGCGCGAGCCGCCGAUGCUCAACGCGCGGCCUCCGGCGGCCACCUAAUCGGUGCCCUGGACGGUAUCCCCGUCCUUCUCAAGGACAACAUCGCGACCCGCGAUAAACUCAACACCACGGUCGGCUCCUUCGCUCUCGUCGGCUCCGUGGUCAGGCGGGACGCCGGUGUGGUCACCCGGCUCCGGCGUGCCGGCGCCGUCGUGCUCGGCAAAGCUAACCCCUCCGAGUGGUGCAACAUCCGCCGCGUCGACAACGGGUGGAGCGCCCGUGGCGGCCAGACGGUGAACCCGUACGCCCGGUCGUCCACCCCAUGCGGUUCGAGCGCGGGCUCCGGCGUCGCGGCGGCGGCGAACAUGGCUGCGGUGACGCUGGGCACGGAGACCGACGGCUCCAUACUCUGCCCGUCAUCGUUCAACUCGGUGGUCGGGAUCAAGCCCACUGUCGGGCUCACCAGCCGGUACGGUGUGGUUCCCAUCAGCCCUAGGCAGGACACCGUCGGACCGAUGUGCCGGACGGUAUCAGACGCAGUGAAGGUGUUGGACACCAUUGUCGGCUACGACGCGUUCGACGCCGCGGCCACCGGAGCGGCAUCCAAGUACAUCCCAUCUGGGGGAUACAUGCAGUUCUUGAAGAAAGAUGGGCUGAGAGGCAAGAGAAUCGGCGUCCUCAAUGGCUUCUUCCAAAAAAGCGGGGAGACGCAAUUGAGGGUGUACAACCAGCACUUCACCACAAUGAGGAAACAUGGAGCCGUGGUGAUCGAGAACCUUGACGUCGCGACCAAUUUGACUGCUCUGUUGGCUGAUAUUGGCGCCAACGAGUGGAUCGCCAUACUAGCAGAGUUCAAGCUAUGCCUGAACGCGUACUUGGCAAACUUGCGGACCUCCCCUGUCCGUUCCCUUGCAGACAUCAUAGCUUUCAACAAUGCGCACCCCGUAGAGGAGAGGCUAGAAGAUUUCGGGCAGGGCAACCUUAUCGCGGCCGAGAAGACACAAGGCAUUGGAUCCGUGGAGAGAGCUGCGAUACAACGGCUGGAGGAGCUGUCCGCUAAUGGGCUAGAGAAGCUAAUGAAGGAGAAGCAGCUCGACGCGAUCGUGACGCCCGACACUUCCGCUUCCAGCCUUCUCGCCAUCGCCGGCCACCCAGCCAUUGUUGUGCCUGCGGGGUACGCCGAGGCGGGGGUGCCCUUCGGCAUAUGCUUUGGCGGCCUGCACGGGUACGAGCCAAGACUGAUCGAGAUGGCUUAUGCUUUCGAGCAGGCUACCAAGGUAAGAAAGCAACCAAAGUGUGCGCCCGCUUCCGAGGCGGCUAAAACGAGAUUCGUCCAUUAG